ACCUUCCCGCCCUGCUGGCUCCUCCCCCUCCAGCACGCCCUGGCCCAGAAGGCCGUGGCGGCCCUGGCCUCUCUGCACGGGACCCGGUACCGCUACGGCAGCAUCAUCCGCACCAUCUACCAAGCGAGCGGCGGCACCAUCGACUGGACCUACGACCACGGCGUCAGGUACUCCUACACCUUUGAGCUCAGGGACACCGGCCGCUACGGCUUCAUCCUGCCGGCCAAUCAGAUCAUCCCGACCGCCAGCGAGACCUGGCUGGCCCUGAUGGCCAUCAUGGACCACGCCUCCAACAACACCUACUAGUGUGUGUGUAGCUCAAACAGACCAAUAAACAAGCACACUUGAAAACUUUGA